UAGGGUGCUAGCUCUAUCUACUUCCAUCGCUAACCUUCAGCGUUAGCCAUGGGUCGUUUAGAAUGGCUUUGUGUUCUGUUUUGGAUAAGCGCAUGCAUAGCAGACACACUCACAGAGGAAGGCGUCAGAACAACAACCGGAGAUGCCACCGUUCUCGCCUCCUGCGACUUCAACGAUGCCGGCGCGCCGUUCUGCAGCUUUGUACAGGACAGGGCGGACAACAGCGACUGGACCCGACACAAAGGCCCCACCCCCACCCAGGGGACGGGGCCCAGCGGGGACUACCCCGACGGAAAGGGCUUCUACAUCUACCACGAGAGUGACAACGUGGUCAACCAGCAGAACGCUCGCCUGCUCAGCCCCGCCCUCACGUCCCCCGCCACGCAAAUAUGCGUCCAAUUCCGAUAUUACAUGUACGGCUUCGACAGCGACAACACGCUGAGGGUCCUGGCCAAGAGAUCUGGGGGUACAGAGACCGAGGUGUGGGCGAGGAAGGGCAUCCAGAGUCCUUCCUGGCUGGCUGGGUCCGUCACCGUGACCAAGGGCUCCAGGCAGCAGAUUGACAUUGUCUUUGAGGCUAAGAGAGGAUUCACCGACUCGUGUGACUCGGCCCUUGACAACAUUGUCAUCAGUGAAGGAGCUUGUCCAUCUUGCGUGCAUGGCUGUGGUUUUGACACCAUCGGUGACCUGUGUGGUUGGACCGCACCCAUACCAGAGAAUCCAGACAUCUACGGCUUUGAGCAGUGGACCGGGGCUACAGAAACCGCAGGCACAGGCCCGAAUGAUGACUUUUCCAAACCCGGACUGGGCAGCUACAUGUUGAUGGAAUCCAGCACGGCCAUAGCUGGAGCCAAGGCCGAAAUCAGAAGUCCGUCCACACCUUCGUCCGGCUGUCUGGACCUCACCUUCCACUACUACAUGUACGGCAGCGCCAGCAGCAUGGAGCUGAGUGUGCACACUGUCACUGCAGGUGGCGCCGUGGGAGACCGUCUCUUCAGUGUCCGGGGAAACCAAGGCGAGGGCUGGAGGCCGGCGGAGGCCCGGUACAUCGGAACCUCGGCUGUCGAGUUUGUGAUCGUGGGUACCUUUGGAGAGACUGCCCUGACAGACAUCGCUGUGGAUGCUGUAUGUGUUAUGGUUUGUGAAGCAACCACCCCAGGACCAACUACACCUAAACCAACGGUCCCAGGACCUACGACACCUAAACCAUCAACUGCAGGCCCAACUACACCUAAACCAUCAACUCCAGGCCCAACUACACCUAAACCCUCAACCCCAGGACCUACAACUCCAAAUAAAUGCCCUCCGGGCGCGGAGUACAUAGAGUGCGGGCCGGCCUGUAUUCCCAGCUGUGAGGAUCCCUCCACCAACUGUAGCGGCUCCUGCAUCAGCGGCUGCUUCUGCAAGCCGGGCUUCGUGUUCAAGGGCCGCCGCUGUGUGCCUCUGGACAAGUGUGGCUGCUUGGACGGCAACAACAACUACUACGAGCCCGGAGAGAUCAUCUACGGUGACGGCUGUUCCCAGCUGUGUCGCUGUGCAGGGAACUACACCCUGUCCUGCGUGGACAACUCCUGCGACCCCACCGAGGAGUGCCGAGAGGUCAGCGGGACGCACGGAUGCUAUCCUAAAGACACGUCCACGUGCGUUGCGUCGGGGGAUCCUCACUACAGCACCUUUGAUAAGCGCAAGUACAACUUCAUGGGCAACUGCAGCUACGUGAUGUCAGAGCCGUGCAACGACACGUCCGUCCCUCACUUUGAGGUCCACGCCGACAACGAGAACCGCCACAACAACCCGUCCAUCUCCUACAUUAAGGCUGUGCACGUUUACGUGCGCAUGCAGAAGAUCUCUAUCCUGAAGGGAGGCACUGUUCAGCUGAACGGGACCAAUGUAAACCUGCCCUUGACUCCCAGCCCCGGCGUCUCAGUGUUCAAGUCUGGUAAAUUCUACACGGUUUCCAUGGACUUUGGCGUCACCGUUCGCUACGAUGGGAACCACUUCAUGGACAUCAAGGUGAUCAAAGACUACCAGGACAAGUUGUGUGGACUGUGCGGAGACUACAACCUCAAUGCCAAGGAUGACUUCAGGAAGCCUGACGGAUCUCUGACCCCGAACGCCAACGACUUUGGACACAGCUGGGUCACCGAUCCAACCUGCAAUGUCAAGCCCAACACCACGGUUCCUGGCUGUACAGAGGAAGAGCAGGACCGCUACGAGAGCUCUGGCUUCUGUGGCAUGCUGCUGGACAAGAAGGGCCCCUUCGCCAUCUGCCACCGCAAAGUCAACCCCAAUAGCUACUUCAAGGACUGCCUGUUUGACCUGUGUGCGCUGGACGGCAGCAGGCCCGUCCUCUGUGAGGCCAUCGAGGCGUACGUCAACGAGUGCCAGGACCGCGGCGUUACCGUGGGAACCUGGAGGAACAACACCUUCUGCCCUCUCCCAUGUGAUCCCAACAGCCACUACGAGCCGUGUGCGCCCCCCUGCCAGGAGUCCUGCAGUGGGGGGUCCUCGGGCUGUGGGGGCCCCUGCUCCGAGGGCUGCGUGUGCGACCCCGGCUUCGUGGUGAGCGCCGGCAAGUGUGUGGAGAAGAGCUCCUGUGGCUGCAACUACACAGUCAACGGACAGUACUAUGAGCCUGGCGAUGAGUUUUACGUGGACGACUGUCAGCUGAAAUGUAGAUGCGACGCCCCCUUCGUCACUUGCCAGUCCUCAGUCUGCCCCCCAGAGCAGGAGUGCAAGCUCCAAGGAGGAGAGCUGGGCUGUUACCCUACAACCCCAACUACACCCAAACCAACAUCUCCGGGCCCAACUACACCUAAACCAACAACCCAAGGACCUACAACUCCGAGACCAACCACAGUGCCAACGCCAGAUAAAUGCCCUCCGGGCGCGGAGUACAUAGAGUGCGGGCCGGCCUGUAUUCCCAGCUGUGAGGAUCCCUCCACCAACUGUAGCGGCUCCUGCAUCAGCGGCUGCUUCUGCAAGCCGGGCUUCGUGUUCAAGGGCCGUCGCUGUGUGCCUCUGGACAAGUGUGGCUGCUUGGACGGCAACAACAACUACUACGAGCCCGGAGAGAUCAUCUACGGUGACGGCUGUUCCCAGCUGUGUCGCUGUGCGGGGAACUACACCCUGUCCUGCGUGGACAACUCCUGCGACCCCACCGAGGAGUGCCGAGAGGUCAGCGGGACGCACGGAUGCUAUCCUAAAGACACGUCCACGUGUGUUGCGUCGGGGGAUCCUCACUACAGCACCUUUGAUAAGCGCAAGUACAACUUCAUGGGCAACUGCAGCUACGUGAUGUCAGAGCCGUGCAACGACACGUCCGUCCCUCACUUUGAGGUCCACGCCGACAACGAGAACCGCCACAACAACCCGUCCAUCUCCUACAUUAAGGCUGUGCACGUUUACGUGCGCAUGCAGAAGAUCUCUAUCCUGAAGGGAGGCACUGUUCAGCUGAACGGGACCAAUGUAAACCUGCCCUUGACUCCCAGCCCCGGCGUCUCAGUGUUCAAGUCUGGUAAAUUCUACACGGUUUCCAUGGACUUUGGCGUCACCGUUCGCUACGAUGGGAACCACUUCAUGGACAUCAAGGUGAUCAAAGACUACCAGGACAAGUUGUGUGGACUGUGCGGAGACUACAACCUCAAUGCCAAGGAUGACUUCAGGAAGCCCGACGGAUCUCUGACUCCCAACGCCAAAGACUUUGGACACAGCUGGGUCACCGAUCCAACCUGCAAUGCCAAGCCCAACACCACGGUUCCUGGCUGUACAGAGGAAGAGCAGGACCGCUACGAGAGCUCUGGCUUCUGUGGCAUGCUGCUGGACAAGAAGGGCCCCUUCGCCAUCUGCCACCGCAAAGUCAACCCCAAUAGCUACUUCAAGGACUGCCUGUUUGACCUGUGUGCGCUGGACGGCAGCAGGCCCAUCCUCUGUGAGGCCAUCGAGGCGUACGUCAACGAGUGCCAGGACCGCGGCGUUACCGUGGGAACCUGGAGGAACAACACCUUCUGCCCUCUCCCAUGUGAUCCCAACAGCCACUACGAGCCGUGUGCGCCCCCCUGCCAGGAGUCCUGCAGUGGGGGGUCCUCGGGCUGUGGGGGCCCCUGCUCCGAGGGCUGCGUGUGCGACCCCGGCUUCGUGCUGAGCGCCGGCAAGUGUGUGGAGAAGAGCUCCUGUGGCUGCAACUACACAGUCAACGGACAGUACUAUGAGCCUGGCGAUGAGUUUUACGUGGACGACUGUCAGCUGAAAUGUAGAUGCGACGCCCCCUUCGUCACUUGCCAGUCCUCAGUCUGCCCCCCAGAGCAGGAGUGCAAGCUCCAAGGAGGAGAGCUGGGGUGUUACCCUACAACCCAAACUACACCCAAACCAACAACUCCGGGCCCAACUACACCUAAACCAUCCACCCCAGGACCUAGUACACCUAAACCAUCAACUCCAGGCCCAACUACACCUAAACCAACAACCCAAGGACCUACAACUCCGAGACCAACCACAGUGCCAACGCCAGAUAAAUGCCCUCCGGGCGCGGAGUACAUAGAGUGCGGGCCGGCCUGUAUUCCCAGCUGUGAGGAUCCCUCCACCAACUGUAGCGGCUCCUGCAUCAGCGGCUGCUUCUGCAAGCCGGGCUUCGUGUUCAAGGGCCGCCGCUGUGUGCCUCUGGACAAGUGUGGCUGCUUGGACGGCAACAACAACUACUACGAGCCCGGAGAGAUCAUCUACGGUGACGGCUGUUCCCAGCUGUGUCGCUGUGCGGGGAACUACACCCUGUCCUGCGUGGACAACUCCUGCGACCCCACCGAGGAGUGCCGAGAGGUCAGCGGGACGCACGGAUGCUAUCCAAAAGACACGUCCACGUGUGUUGCGUCGGGGGAUCCUCACUACAGCACCUUUGAUAAGCGCAAGUACAACUUCAUGGGCAACUGCAGCUACGUCAUGUCAGAGCCGUGCAACGACACGUCCGUCCCUCACUUUGAGGUCCACGCCGACAACGAGAACCGCUACAACAACCCGUCCAUCUCCUACAUUAAGGCUGUGCACGUUUACGUGCGCAUGCAGAAGAUCUCCAUCCUGAAGGGAGGCACUGUUCAGCUGAACGGGACCAAUGUAAACCUUCCCUUGACUCCCAGCCCCGGCGUGUCAGUGUUCAAGUCUGGUAAAUUCUACACGAUUUCCAUGGACUUUGGCGUCACCGUUCGCUACGAUGGGAACCACUUCAUGGACAUCAAGGUGAUCAAAGACUACCAGGACAAGUUGUGUGGACUGUGCGGAGACUACAACCUCAAUGCCAAGGAUGACUUCAGGAAGCCCGACGGAUCUCUGACUCCCAACGCCAAUGACUUUGGACACAGCUGGGUCACCGAUCCAACCUGCAAUGCCAAGCCCAACAUCACGGUUCCUGGCUGUACAGAGGAAGAGCAGGACCGCUACGAGAGCUCUGGCUACUGUGGCAUGCUGCUGGACAAGAAGGGCCCCUUCGCCAUCUGCCACCGCAAAGUCAACCCCAACAGCUACUUCAAGGACUGCCUGUUUGACCUGUGUGCGCUGGACGGCAGCAGGCCCAUCCUCUGUGAGGCCAUCGAGGCGUACGUCAACGAGUGCCAGGACCGCGGCGUUACCGUGGGAACCUGGAGGAACAACACCUUCUGCCCUCUCCCAUGUGAUCCCAACAGCCACUACGAGCCGUGUGCGCCCCCCUGCCAGGAGUCCUGCAGUGGGGGGUCCUCGGGCUGUGGGGGCCCCUGCUCCGAGGGCUGCGUGUGCGACUCCGGCUACGUGCUGAGCGCCGGCAAGUGUGUGGAGAAGAGCUCCUGUGGCUGCAACUACACAGUCAACGGACAGUACUAUGAGCCUGGCGAUGAGUUUUACGUGGAUGACUGUAAGCAGAAAUGUAGAUGCAACGCACCAAGCAUCACGUGCACAGCCUCAGUCUGCCCCCCAGAGCAGGAGUGCAAGCUCCAAGGAGGAGAGCUGGGCUGUUACCCUACAAGCUCCCAGGACUGCGUGAUCUCAGGGGACCCCCACUACAACACCUUUGACAAGAAGUUCUACAGCUUCAUGGGCACCUGCACCUACACACUGGCCAGGAACUGCGGCAAUAGAACUGGGCCUUGGUUCUCGGUGGAGGGUAAGAACGAGGAGCGAGGCGGGGCGGGGCUGGCCUACCUGAAGAAGCUCUACGUCACCGUGGAGGGGGUCACCGUCACACUGAUGAAGGCCAGGAGAACGCUGGUGAACGGGCUGCGUGUGGCCCUGCCCUCCUCCCCAUCCCCCAAGAUGACCCUGUCCCUGGCGGGUCAGUACGUCACCGUGGCGACCACCUUCGGGCUCCGCGUCCGUUGGGACGGCAACCACUAUGCCCAGAUCACCCUCCCCAGCACCUACUCGAACCAGACCUGUGGGCUGUGCGGCGACUACGACGGUAACCCUGGCGACGAUUUCACCAAGCCCGACGGCCGACCGGCGGCCAACGCCAACGACUUCGCCAACAGCUGGCAGACGCCAGACGACGAGGACGACGCGUGUAAACCCGGGACCAAACCCGACCCGGUCUGUGAGCCCAUCCUGGAGGCCGAGGUGAUGAAGCCGGAGAAGUGCGGGAAGAUGAAAGACCCCUUGGGACCCUUCCGAGAGUGCAUCCCCAAGGUGAGCCCCGAGCCCUUCUUCCUGAGCUGUGUGCACGACAUGUGCCAGUUCUCCGGGCAGCAGAGCGUGCUGUGCGACCAGCUGCAGGCCUACACCGACGCCUGCCAGAGCGCGGGGGCCAUCGUGCACCCCUGGAGGACCCCCGCCUUCUGCCCGGCCCCUGUCUGCCCCCCCAACAGCUCCUACACGCUGUGCGGCAGCGGCUGCCCAGAGACGUGUGUGGGGGCGGCCGGCCCCCCGGGGUGCGGUGCCGUGUGCGUGGAGGGCUGCCAGUGCGACCCGGGCUUCAUCCUCAGCGACGCCCAGUGCGUCAGCCUCAAGGACUGCGGCUGCACGGACCCCAACGGCUCGUACCACCCGGCGGGCGACCACUGGGUGGAGGAGGGCUGUACAGAGCGGUGUGAGUGUCUGGGCGGAGGUCAGAUCCGCUGCCACGCCGCCAGCUGCCGACCCGUCUCUGAGAGCUGUCAGCUGCAGGGCGGAGGGUACGGCUGCCACCCCGUCGAAACGGGCAUCUGCUCGGUGUCGGGGGACCCCCACUACGUGACCUUCGACCGGCGGACCCACCACUACCAGGGCUCCUGCUCCUACACGCUGACCGAGCCCUGCGGCCCGCCCUCCACCAACGCCAGCCUGCCGGCCUUCAGCGUGGUCACGCAGAACGAGCACCGCGACAGCGUGCGCCGCGUCUCCUACGUGCGCGCCGUGGUGGUCAGCGUGCACGGGACGGACUACGUCCUGGGGAAGGGACGCGUCGUGCAGGUCAACGGAACCAAGCGCACCCCGCCACUGACCCUGACCAACGGCGUCGAGAUCUACCUCAGCGGGAAGUUCGUCGUCUUGGAGACCGCCUUCGGACUGAGGGUGCGCUUCGACGGGAACCACCACGCCGACGUGACGCUGCCAAAGUCCUACAGCGGCCUGCUCUGUGGCCUGUGUGGGAACUUCAACGGACAGUCGGAUGACGACAACAUCAUGUCCGACGGGAAGCCGGCCGGCUCCACCAACCAGCUGGGAGACAGCUGGGCCGUACCAGACAACAGGCCCGACUGCACCAACGGCGGAGGACCGGAGGAGUGUAAGAAAGAGGUGGAGGAGGACGCCAAGAAGCCCACCAGCUGUGGCAUCAUCACUGACAUCGAGGGUAUCUUCGCAGCGUGCCACGAGGUGGUCCCCCCGGGGCCCUACUUUGAGAGCUGUGUGUACGACAUGUGCGCCACGGGCGGCGAGGCGGUGGCGCUGUGCCAGGCCAUCGAGAGCUACAACGACGUCUGCGCCGCCGCCGGCGUGGCCAUCAUCUGGAGGAACAACACCUUCUGCCCCCUGAAGUGCCUGCCCGGCUCCCACUACGACCCGUGCGGGACGGCGUGCGCGCAGCCCUCCUGUCAGGACCUCCACCCCCCCUUCAACGACACCACGUGCCCCCGGCCCUGCGUGGAGGGCUGCCAGUGUGACCCGGGGCUGGUGCUCAGCGGGGACCGCUGCGUGCCGCCCGGACAGUGUGGCUGCACCGACGACGAGGGGAGAUACAGACCUGUGGGCUCCAGCUGGUUCUCAGAGGCGGACUGCUCGCGGCGCUGCAGCUGCCACGGCUCCGGGAACGUGACCUGCGAGGCCUGGCGCUGUGGCCCCGCCCAGGAGUGCUCGGUGGUGGAGGGCGUGCUCGACUGUCACUCAACGGGUAAAGGCAUCUGCCACGUGGCCGGAGACCCCCACUACUACACCUUUGACGGAGCCAUGCACACCUUCAUGGGGACCUGCACCUACACGCUGGUGGAGGUGUGCAACACCACCCAGGUGACGCCCUUCAGGGUGGUGGCGAAGAACGAGGAGCGCGGUCAACCGGAGGCGUCCUACGUCCGCUCUGCGACCGUGUACCUGCCCGGCGACGUCGUGGUCACGCUGCAGAAGAGCCGGCGCGUCCUGCUGAACGGGCGCCGCGUCCGCACCCCCCUGGCCCUCGCCGACGGGGCCAAGGUGCUGACCAGCGGCUCCUACACCCUGCUGGACACCAGCUUCGGGCUCCAGGUCAAGUUUGACGGCGUCCACCACCUGGAGGUCGUGGUCCCCGGGGACUACUUCAACAAGGUGUGCGGUAUGUGCGGGAACUACAACGGCAACUCCAGCGACGACUACCUGAUGCCCAACAAGAAGCCCGCCAAGGACGGGAUCGAGCUGGGCAACAGCUGGAAGUCUGAGGGCGACAGCGAGCCAGGCUGCCUGCCGGACUCGCGCCCCGACGUCCACCCCAACUGCACGGCGGACGAGGAGCUGGGGUUCGACGCCCAGUGUGCCUCCAUCAUCAACUCGGACCGCUUCAGCAGCUGCCACUCUCUGGUGCCCCCGGAGGCCUUCCUGGGGAACUGCGUGUACGACAUGUGCGAGUACGACGGCAUGCAGGCCACGCUGUGCGACAACGUGGAGGCCUACGCCCAGGCCUGCCAGAGCGCCGGAGUGACCAUCAGCUGGAGGAACAGCACCUUCUGCCCGAUGCCCUGCGGCCCCAACAGCCACUACUCGGACUGCAGCCCCGCCUGCCCCCCCACCUGCUCGGACCUCUUCCCCCUCUUCUGCCACCUGCCGCCCACCGCCUGCGUGGAGGGCUGCCAGUGCAACGCCGGCUUCGUGCUCAGCGACGGCAAGUGCGUGCCCCUGGCGCGGUGCGGCUGCGUGGACACGGACGGAGAGUACCACGACGUUGAAGACUCCUGGCUGACGGACAGGUGUGUGCAGCGGUGUAAGUGUUCCCUGGGAGGAAAGAUCAUAUGUGACGCCCACAGCUGUCCCUCCAACUCCCUCUGCGCCCUGGACAAAGAGGGAGACAACUACUGCAAACCAGCCAAGUUCGACAAGUGCAGCGUCUCGGGGGACCCCCACCACCGCACCUUUGACGGCUUCACCCACCACUUCCAGGGCCCCUACACCUACUUCCUGACGCGCUCCCAGCUGGACGCCACCCAGCUGCCCGCGCUGGCGGUGCGCGGCCGCAACGUCCGCCGGGGGGGCAGCCGCCGCGUCUCCUUCCUGGACGAGAUGUACGUGGACGUCUACGGCGUCAGCGUGCGCUUCCUGCAGCGCAAGAGGGUGCUGGUGAACGGCGAGCGCAUAGCCCCGCCCCUGACCCCGGUCCCGGGCCUGUCCAUCACCAUGAACUCCAGGCAGGUCCAGCUCACCACUGACUUCGGCCUCACGGUGCGCUUCGACGGCCGCAGCCACGGAGAGAUCUGGCUGCCCAGCACCUACAAGAAGGCGGUAGGCGGCCUGUGUGGGAACUACGACGGUUCGUCACGCAACGAGUACAUGAAGCCCGACGGACAGCUCACCCGCAGCCUCAACACCUUCGGGGACAGCUGGAGGACCAAUGAGAGGCAGCGGGCCGAGGAGCAGCCAAUCAGGACACUGCCCCAGAGAGUGCACCUGCACAGGCGUGAGGUGGAGACCCCCCCAGACAGCGGCUUCGAGACCUCCGGCUGCACCCAGGCCGACCUCAGCGACCUCAGCGGCCCGGCCAAGUGUGGAGCGCUGGAUGACCCCGCGGGGCCCUUCGCCGCCUGCCACGCCCUCCUGGCCCCCCGCCCCUUCAAAGACGACUGCGUGUUCGACCUGUGUGCCGAGCGGACGGACGCGGCGCUGCGCUGCGCCAGCUACGACGUGUACGCCGUGGCCUGCCAGGAGGCCGGGGUCCCGCUGGGCCCCUGGAGACAACAGCUGGACUGUGCCAUGAGCUGCGGCCCCAACAGCGUCUACGCCCCCUGCAUGUCGCCUUGCCCCGCCUCCUGUGCCGACCUGGCCGCCCCCACCGACUGUGAGGUCACUUCCUGCGUGGAGGGCUGCCAGUGCGCGCCAGGCUUCGUGAUGAGCGAGGGCGAGUGCGUGCCCUACACCCAGUGCGGCUGCACCUUCCUCGACAGAUACUACCCCCUGACGGAUGUCUUUGUGACGGAGCGCUGCGACCAGGCGUGCCAGUGCACCGCCACGGGCGCAGUGUGCCAGGCCAAGUCCUGCCCCGCCGACCAGGUCUGCGCCGUCAGCGACUUCAAGCGGGACUGCUUCAAAGCGAGCCCGUGCCUUGACCACGGCUGCCAGAACGGAGGGCAGUGCGUGGCCCAGAACACCAGCCACUACACCUGCAGCUGUCCGGAGGGCUUCCAGGGGACCUUCUGCGAAGCGGAGAAAAUCGACGGCGGGGGAGGAGGCGGCGGACUGGAGACAAAGUGGAUCAUCGUGAUCGCCGUCCUGGCGUCCCUCGCCGCCGCCGCCCUCGUCGUGGGCGUGACCGUCUGCUUAUGCAAGCGCAGUGCCAAGUCCGAACAUUAUGUUGUCGAGCAUAACCACAGACUAGUUCACCUUUCUUACCCGUCCGACAUUCAGUACAAGCGCCACCAGACACAAGACAACGACCUUUGAGCAGACCACUGUACAGAUGGCAACGACAAGUGAACCAUACGAAGAAUUGACAGAAGGGGCACAAGAUCUAAAGCGCACCUCGAUGUGAUACACGCAAAGUAAUCUUAUUUAAGAAAAUUGGAAAACUCAUAUGCUUGUAUAUAUUUUAAAAAAUACUAUUUUAGAUGUCAUUUUUCAAAACUUGAACAAGUACAUUUAAUCACACAAACCUUAUUCUAAUUUAAACUUUUACAAUGGAUGAUGUGAACGAUGUAUAUUUGAAUGUAGAAGUUGUUUCAAGUAAAGCAACCCCUUAAAAAAAAA